ACUCCUUAAUCUUAGAUAAACGGUGCCAUGUUGAUUUACAACAUAAGGAAUUUCUUAUCAAUAACAGUUAUUCUUCCAUUGUACGUGGAUGCAUCAUGCAGAUCUGGAUGGGUCGAAUAUGGAAUGUCUUGUUAUUAUUUUAGCACAGACUCGCUAAACUGGCGUGAUGCAUCGAGUGAUUGUCGAGCUCACUCAUCUGAACUAGUCAUUAUAAACUCUAAGGAAGAGAAUGAGUUUAUUGCAGGAGGAGUAUAUAAUCAUACAGGACAAUUCUGGUUAGACGGUUCGGAUGAAUUUACAGAAGGUAUUUGGGAAUGGGCGUCCAAUGGAGAACCUUUUGGAUUUACAAGCUGGCUUCCACACGAACCGUCAAAUUUUCAUCACAACGAAGACUGCCUUAUGACACAGAAAGGGUACAAUGGCAAAUGGAAUGACUAUGGUUGUUCACAUCGAAUAAAGUUCAUUUGCGAACAGAAUUUCGAAAAUCCUAUCAUUGGAUGAUUUGUGCAUUUUCAUCUUCCAAAAACUCCAUAAAACCGGAAUAGAACAGAUUAUAUAUCAUAAGACUAUUGCAUUGUUUGACUAAUAUGCAUUAAAUCUUGAAAAUUU